GCUCUUCAUUUGACGAGGAAGUAACAACUUGAUGCAGUCUUCUAAACCUAUUAACGUUCGUGAACGAUUGCGAUGUUAACUAACAGAUACUCAUCGUCUUGGCACCAGGAAUCUCGAAGAACAUCAAAAGCUGGAUUAUGGAAAUUGCUUAAGUCAGAUAAGUACUUUUCCAAUUUUUAUUUCGAUAUUCUGGUCUUUUCACCUCAUUGCUUAACUUUGAUUACAUAGAAGCAGCAAUAAAAUUUCCGCUGGUCGUCCAGGUAAGUUUUUGGUAAGUGAUAGUAGUGAGUGAGCUUGCGCGCGUCACUAGAAAAUCGAUCAUUGAUUAGAUGAAUACCUGACGCAUUGUAACUGAUCACUUAGGAGAUACUUGCGAAACACAAUUUGAAGGUUAUGUGUUUCGAUUCGCUCUUGAAAGAAAAACUUUCAAGACUAUCAAUUAUGUCAGGCCGGCCUUACCUGGCAAACUUGAAAGACUCACUUUCAAGUUAAACAUAUUCUGCGAUACAUAGAAAAGAAAUACAGGGGAAAGACGUUUGGAAGACGACGAAACGCUUUCAAGCCAUAUGUUGUCUCUUUUCCUUGUCACAUUUGAAAUGAACCGCGUGCGCCCAAAUGUUGUCAGUGCCACACAUCUUGAAAGAACAAGCGCUUUCAAGACAUAUUUGCAAAUUUUCCGAUGGCCCCUAAACUAUAAAGGCAAAAAUUGCGUUCGGGUGUGAAAAUUUUAAGCCAAAGGAACUUUACCUGUCUAGUAACUGAUGCUUACCUUUUUUGAAUUCUUCAGUUUCUGCCGUUGAAAAAUGGUCAAUUUCCGUUCGAAUUCCGAUUGUAGUAAAAGAUUAGGAAAUGUCGGUUUUCAUUCUUGUUACUACCAGACAAAUUAAAUCGGUGUCACCCCAAAAUAAUUUCUUCAUUCGUAGCGGAUAUAAAAUAAAGUAAAAAAAAUAUAAAGAAGAAUAUUUACCUGACUCCUUAUGGUUAAAAAUGAAACUUUCUAUGAGAAAUAAUGCUAAUGUGAGUCUAAAAUACAUUUGCUGACUCUGGUUCAACAUUUUGCUGUUUUAGUAAUUAUUAAAAAUACCACAGAGGUUGUGAAUGUAACUGAGGGAGAGUCAGUGUCUCUGAACUGCACCAUUGAUGGCGAUGGAAGUUAUAGUUGGUAACGCCAGGAUGGAAUCGAGAUCGAAAACCCGAGAAGACAGGUUAAAGGUGGAGGACGACUCCUUGAAAUAAAAGACACGGCCAUUGCAGAUUCUGGCAAUUACACCUGUCGAAUAGGCGAAAACCCUCCGCACACCAUCACACUCCAGGUUUUGGUUCAAGUCAAGGUGGAAAUGGCCUUGAAGGUUGAAAAUUACAACUACACAAAAGAGCUGGAGAAUAAGUCAUCGCCACAAUACAAGACAAUUGAGCAAAACUUUACCGCUGAGAUGGACAUCCUUUACAGCGAGACUCCAGGAUAUAUUAGAACGGAGGUUUUGAAAAUGACGAAAGGAAGUGUAGUUGUGGAUUUCAACAUCAUUAUUCAAAUUAUUACAACCGAUCCCAAAAAUGAAACAACUAUCGCAGAUGAAAAGGCCAAAGUCGUCCAAACAGUAAUUAAAGAAGCCGACGAUGGGUUUGUAAAGCGGCUCAAAGUGUCCAAAGUUAUUCCAAAGACCCAACCUCCAGAGCCUAAUGAUGUGGAGAUCUUUGAUGUCAAAUCAGAUGAGAUAAGCGUUCGAUGGAAACCGUCGGACGAUGCUGAAACUUUCAACGUACGCACUUACUCGGUGCGCUACAGAGAGUAUAGUGAAAAGACCUACAUCGAGCAUAAUCAAACCGCUGACACUACAGACUACUCUUACAGGAUUAAGUCUCUCGAGCCAGAGACCGUCUACAUGAUAAUGGUCGGUGCUGUUAAUUCAUAUGGACCCAAUUUUAAUGAGGAAACUGGUCACGAAACCGAACCCGCAUCUUUUGCCUGGUGGAUCAUUGUCGUGGCUGUGUUAGGUGUCAUCUUGGUUCUUGCCAUAGUGGUUGGUAUAAUUGUUUACAGACGCAAGAAAGCGGAAGAAAGAGAGGAAAGAGAUGCUCGGUUUCAAGCUCUUGCAUUUGAAAACGACUCUCAAAGGAGCGAAGUAGCAGUUUACCAGGAUAAGAAUGUUAAAGGAUUAACGUUUACAAACAGUGCUUACAAACCGUGUGAGACGAAUUGGGAAGAGUUUCCGUACGAGAAUAUUAAGCUGUUGAAUGAACUAGGUUCGGGCGCAUUCGGCGUCGUUUAUAAAGGGGAGCUGGUACAAGAGAGUGGGAAAAUCCUUCCUUGCGCAGUAAAAGCCUUAAAACCGUCUGCCACAAAGGUGGAAAUAAAAGACUUGUACAAUGAGUUGGAAAUUAUGGUCAAUGUCGGACACCAUCCGAACCUUGUGAAUUUGAUCGGAGCAUGCACCCAAGAUGACCACCUACUCGUCAUAAUAGAGCUAGCAGAAAACGGCUGCUUGUUAGAUUUCUUGAAAAAGUCCCGCGAACAAAUUGGAAAUAACACCACAAGCGGCUUAACAGAAGAUAUGAAGACAUCAGUAGCCGUUGACGUGGCUCGAGGAAUGGCACAUUUAGCGAGCUGCAGGUGUAUCCACCGAGAUCUCGCAGCAAGGAAUGUAUUACUUGGGAAGGACUACGUUGCUAAGGUUUCCGAUUAUGGUAUGGCACGUGAUGUGUAUGAACAGCUGAUGUACAAGAAAGAAACUCAGGGUAAACUUCCCUUAAAAUGGAUGGCUAUCGAGUCUUUGGAAACAUAUACUUUCACGAUGGAAUCUGACGUAUGGGCAUAUGGAGUACUGCUCUGGGAAAUCGAAUCAGGAGGGUUGAAACCUUAUGCUGGGCUUAGCGCCGUGGAUCUGAUAGAACAACUAAAGAAGGGGUACAGAAUGGAGAAACCUAACGGAUGCUCGGACAAAAUGUACCAAGUCAUGAGAGAUUGUUGGAAUGCAAACCCUAACAUGAGACCAACUUUUGACGAGUUGAUUGUCCGUCUCGAGAGCACAAUCACGACUUAACUGCGUUAACAGCGACAACAACAACAACAACGACGACAAAAACAAAACAGCAACAAAAUAAAAACAACUAAACAAGAAAUUUUACAGGAAAAGGAAGGUUUAAGUAAACAAUUACGUUAGGAUUUUAAAGAUUUCGUUAAAGACAAUCCAGACCAGAAAAACGUAUUAAUUAGCAGAGGCUACGCUGGGCAAAAUUAUAGAUGAAAAUUCGCUGUGGUUUUGCUAUUGGUAGGCGUUAAAACACUUGAAUUGAACGAGUUUAACUUGAUCGCCCCGCGUUGGAAAUAACUAUCCACGUCGUGGUUGUUCACGUCCGUUUUACACGUAAGAUGUUUGUUACCCUUCCCCCAGACGUGACAAAUGGUGUCAAAAUUGUUGUAGAGGAAAUAUUGUCACCUAACGAAAACAGUGAAAACUUUAAGAGACUCUCUUAAUUUACUAUAAAGCUCGUUUAAUCAAAUGUUAAAGGGAAUGAUAUUUAACUGAGUUUUUAUAUUAAUACUAUAAUCGCUUAGAAAACGUGAAGCAACAGAGAUACAGCUAGUUUUCUUAAAUGUUAAAGGAAGGGAUAUUUAAUCGGCUUUUACACUAAUACCAUAAUCAAUUAGAAAACGUGAAGCAACAGAAAUACAGCAACAGAAAAGCAACAUAACUACAGCUUAUAAUCAAGUUGUAAGAGAUUCAAUGAAUCAUCGCACAAUAAUGCUUAUUUUUUAUUUGGGGGGGGGGGACAUUUCUUACAAGGAAGGGGUGGGAGAGUGGAGACCAUCCUUAUCUCCACACAAACCCAAUCUCGGAAAUUUUGGAAAAACAGUAGAACCCCGCUAACUCCCAAGGGAAACCAAAUUAGAGGGGUUCCAAAUAGCUGAUAGUAAAUGACUAAAAAAUGGGGUCAAGGAUCUUGUUCAGGUUCAGUAGCGAAGUGGUUUAACCGAGUUCGAGUUAGCGGGGUUCCACUGUAUUUCACUCUUGAAAAAAGUUUUUAUUUGGUUCUAGCAAUAUGUAGAUUUGCUGUUUAUUAUUACACAUUAGAAAGUUCAUGACAGAGAGUGUAUGGUGUAAACUACCCUGAGAAUAUUUAGAAGCUCAUUUGAUAUUUGUAAGGUGGCACCGAAAAAUACGAUACGUUUGCGAUUUUUAAUAAACUUUCAGAGGGCUUUGAGUCUCACUUUUCA